GGACCAGGACAGGCUGGAGAAGUGGGGCUGUGAGAACCUCAUGAGGUUCAACAACACCAAGUGCAAGGUCCCACCCCUGGGUUGGGGCAAUCCCCGAUUUCAAUACAGGAUAGGGGAUGAUGUGAUUGAGAACAGCCCUGAGGAGAAGGACUUGGGGUACUGGGAAUGAGAAGCUCAACGUGAGCCAGCAACGUGUGCUCACAGCCCAGAAACCAGCCGUGUCCUGGGCUGCAUCCAUAGCAGAGUGGCCAGCAGGGCGAGGGAGGGGAUUCUGCCCCUCUGCUCCUCUCUUGGGAGACCUCAUCUGGAGGAUUGUGUCCAGUUCUGGGAUUCUCAACAUAAGAAAGAGAUGGAGCAGUUGGAAUGGGUCCAGAGGUGGCUACAAGGAUGAUCGGAGGGCUGGAGCACCUCCUCUACAAGGACAGUCUGAGGGAGUUGGGGUUGUUCAGCCUGGAGAAGGCUCUGAGGAGACCUUAUAGUGACCCUCCAGUACCUGAAGGAGCUACAAGAAACCUGGAGAGGGGCUGUUCAUAAAGGCUUGUGGUGAUAGCAUGAGGGGCAGUGGCUUUAAAUUCGAGAGGGUACAGAUUUAGACUGGACAUAGAGAGGAAAUUCUUCACAAUGAGGGAGGUGAGGCCCUGGAACAGGUGGGGGAGUGGUGGCUGCCCCAUCCCUGGAGGUGUUCAGGGCCGGGUUGAUGGAACUUUGAACAACCAGGCCCAGUAGGAGGUGUCCCUGCGACAGGGGGUGGAACUGGUUGGGCUUUAAGGUCCCUUCCAACCCAAACCACUCUAUGAUCGACGUACAAGAGCUGUGGGAGGUGUGAGCGGACUCUUCGGGGUCCCUUCCACCCCGGCCCGCUCCCCCGCCUCGGCGCGGCCUCGCAGUGCCCCUGCCCGGACGGGGGUCGCGGCCCCUCCCCGCACCGCUCCCGGCAGCCCGCGGGGCCGCAGGUGCGGGCGGCGGCUCCAUGCGGCUGCUGCUGCUGGCGGGGCUCCGCGCGCAGACGGGCAACGCCACCACGGCCGACAGGAUACGGAAUCAUCUACAUGCUGCGGGUCAUGUCUGCGUUCUUAAAGAUGCUUUCAUGUAUCAAAGUCCAACCGAAAUAGCAAAUCUAACCUCCGCAGACAAGUUUGAUGCAGCCCUGGCUAUUCAUCUUUAUAAAGGAGGCAGACUUCUGCAAGGUAGCAGAAUUCCUUUUGGAAUCAUCUUUGGUGGGACAGAUAUAAAUGAAGAUAUCAAAUGUGAAGAGAAACGUCGAGUAAUGGGAGCGGUGCUAGGAGAAGCCAGGUUUGCAGUGGCUUUCACGAUGAAAAUGAAGGAACUGGCGGCAGCAGAGUGGCCAGAUGCUAGGAAGAAAAUAUAUGUCCAAACACAAGGAAUUAAGACUACACCCAGUGAAACAUUUGACUGGUAUACAUUUCUACAAGACGCAGACAUUCCGGCAGAUACAGACAGUUUACACAUGUUUCUUUUGAUAUGCGGACUGCGAAGAGUCAAAGAUCCUCUGUUUUUAGUAGAUGUAUUUUCAGAUUGGCACAGAAAGGAUCCCAGCAUCCAUCUGGGCAUAAUUGGACCUGCAGUUGAUCCACUUUUUACAAGUGAAGUUAAGGAAAAAGUUAAAAGGGCACCUGGAGUACAUUUACUACAGGAGAUGCCACAAGAUGAUCUUCAUGCUGCUAUGAAAAGGUGCUUUGCUGUGGUGAACAGCUCCAUUUCCGAGGGGAUGUCUGCUGCAAUUCUGGAGGCAAUGGAUUUAGGUAUUUUGGUACUGGCAAGGAACAUUCCUGGCAAUGCAGCAAUAAUAAAACACAAGGAGACAGGAUUGCUAUUUUCAGAUCCCCAGGAAUUUGUUGUGCUAUCCAAGAGUUUGAUGGAUGACCCUGUUAUGAAACGAGAAAUUGUAAUGAGGGCCAAAGACUACGUGAAGAAACAUCAUUCGUGGGAAAGUGAAAGAAAAGCCUAUCAGAAUCUUGUCCUAAGACUCCAGUGAAUUUCAAAACUACAGCUGAUACCCAGCAGUCCGUGUGCAGCACUUUAAUGAUGGAUACAUAAUUAGAUUUGGGUUUCUCUUGGUUUCUUUUUAGAAGUGAUAGUAAAGAUACGCAUUGUUCUGUUCAAACAUACCAACAUCACAGGAGUUGCCUGCUACUGCAAAUUAACAAAUUCAUCUAAUUCAGCACAGUCUCUAGCGUACCAAUUCAUCACAGACCAGUACAGCUUUGUAGGAUCUCAUAGGGGAAAUAUACUUCUUGAGCUGACACAAAAUUUCCGUUGUUGUAAGGCCUCAAAGGGAGGAUGAUUUCUUGUACUCAGUGGAGCGCUCAACAGCUCAUGUCAAAUUGUUCUACACAUGUUGCAUCCUGACCAAACUACAGUAGCACUUUUCUAUCCAAUUAUACCCAUCUGAAUGUAUUCGGGUACAGGGCACAUACCCAUCUAUGUUCAGAAAGCCAAGAUUAGUGAUAUAUACAGAGCAUAAAAUUAAGAUGAAUGCUUUCAUAAGACUGAAAGGUCCACAUGUGUAUUGACUCUGUAAUUAUCAGAGGGCCAAAAAGCAAACAGUGAUGAUGCUUGGGGCCAAUGGGGAGUACAGGGCGUGUUUUGUACUGCCCUCUGAGUACGUGAAUGGCUUUCGGAUAAGGCAAAACAGUGGCAUGCCUGCGUUUUCUCCUGGGACUAGAGCAGGAAGGCUGUCACAGCACCUGACAGCCGUCUGUUGCUGCAGAUUCCAGAACUUCCCAGUGCUGCUCACAGCAGCAAGACCCGCUUGCAGACAGAGAUGCUUUGUUACGUAAACUACCUCUUAGUUUGCUAGUGUCUUUGUUUAUGUCCGUGAUUUAUUUAUUUACUAAAAUAUUUAUGAGAUCUCUAAAAAGGGAUGGGGAGAACGUAUUUUCAGUUUACUGUGUAUUUUGGUACUGUUCUCUUCUGUGGCAUUCAAGCUAUAUUGUAAUACACUACAGCAGGCUACUUUAAAGUGAAACUUGAAGCUCAUACUAAUCAUUCCUGCCAGCCCAGUGAUUAUGGACAUAUCUUUGAAUCCAUAAUUGGUCAUCAAAGCAUUUGCAUUUAUAGAAAAAAAAAGAAGGUCAUGUUUUUAACUAUUUGUUAUUAGGAAACUCUUUGUGUAGGCUUUGAUCCUGCCCCCAGUGAGGAGCUGUGAGAUGUUUUCUAUUGAUUGGAAUGGCUGUUGUGUCAGACUUUUCUUUGUAAUCAUAAAGUUCACUGUGUGUUUUCAGCUUUCCUCUUUAUUUUUCAUGUUUUGCAACUGUUUGAACAGUAAACAAGAAAGUAAUUUCAAUGUUGUGUAUUGACUUCUUCAAAUUGCAGUGGGCUUCUGUUCAAUAUCACUUUCAAUAGCACAAUCCUCAAGGGCAGAACUGACGCGAUUUGGAAUCCAAGAAUUGCCACACUCCUUUUUUGAGCACAUUUUUCCUAAAUAUUUCUGGUGUGUGCCCUUUGACAUGCAGGGAUGGAAGCGCAUCUGCAGUAGUUACCAGCUUAAAAGCCACCAGCCAACACGUGUGACUGAACAGUUUCUUAAUCUGCAGCUGAAUCAACACAUGAAGUUGUUGCUGCUGCCUCAGGAGCUGCUAUACUUCUUUGGACAUCUCUGUUACUGGCUGUAUUUAAUCUAUAAAUAUGAAAUCUGCAUCUGGGAAACAGCAUGCUCAUUUGCAUGUGAUAACCAUACCAGAAGCACAAACAACCCUUCUGCAACAUAUGCACUAAGGGGGGGAAAAAAAAAAGAAAACAACUAAAAUAGUGGUGAGAUCGGCCCUCAGGACUGCUUUACAGUCGUCAAACAAGACAGCGUUCAUCAAUCAAGGGCAUUCAGCUUUGACAUCAUUUAUCACGUGGGCUUGUGUUCUGCAACAUGAAGCCUGUCUAUUAAGGCUAAAAGGUUGGGGCAACAACUGCUAGGGAAUUUCAUUGUAAUAAAUUGCUUUUGAAUUUAUGUUUUAAAUUUCAUCCAGUCUUGUGUUCCAGGCCCAUAAAUAUUCAAUGAGUCUUGUAAGUCCUUGUAAAGAAAAUAUUAGACCCAUGCAAGCAAUUUUAGGUAUAAUUAUCUUUCAAGCAACUUCACUCAAAUGGUUUUGUAUUUAAGAAUAAUCCUUUUGUUGUCCUGCAGCCUUAAUUAUAGUAUUUAUCUUCCCCCUUCAAAGCCCCAUUUCUUAUCCUAGCAGCUUUUAAAGCAAGGCACACCUCGAUGAGAUACAGCUCCAAAAAUAGCACUUGUUCUGUUCACAGGAAAAAAACCUGCAUUGUGCAUUUGCCCCAUAGCUAAUUCUGUAUUUCAGGACCUUUAAAUGUACUGUUAAUUAAUCCAAUUGCGUGCAUUUUAUUUUGCAAUUAAUUCUGCCAUUGAAUCCACAGGAACUGAAUGAAAGCAGUGGACCUGUACAAUGGGUACUACUAUGCUGUUUCCUUUCUUGGCACGAUUACUUGAGAAGUGGAGACAAUUUGAUAGUGUGUGGCAAAACCCAGCUAGAGCCUGUGGUCUGUGGAACAAGAGCUUCCUGAAUUAAGAUUUUAUUUUAAUUAGCCCUAAAGCAUACGUAUUCUGAUUAUUAGACUUUCUGCGUUCGCAUUGCAACCUUAACCAGGGUAUGGUUGCACUAUGAACGCUGAUUCUGAGUUGAAUCUUCCCAAUCCUUGCCCGUCAAAACACUGCCCUUUGGAAACAGAUUGUACUGAUCUGAACUAUCUUAUCUGAGCAAUAACCAGCGUGCCUUAGAGAUGGACUGUCCAAUGUGUGUGGAGGGAAAUAAUGUCCUCUGGUAGAGCCGGGGAAAGGAUUUAGAUACGUAUCUCUAAGGAUUUAAGGAAAACAAGAGUCAGACUUUUGUCUUUGGACUCAUUACAGCUCAUUUUGAAAAUUUAUAGUAUUUCAGACUUCAUAAGGAAUGAAUGAAACAAAGCAGUGGAGGAAGAAAUGAGUACAACUACAACUGUAAGGGUAGUAGCGCAGUCUUCCAGUAUUUUAGAACAGGCUCUGUCUGGGAAGACUUAGCUCAAAAAAUUCUUAGUGAUACGGCAUUUUGAGGACUAACAUUUUAAAUUCAGCUUUUGCACACUGGCAAAAGGUGACCGUUAAGAAGGGUUGCAGGACUUGUACCUGUUGAGCUGCAAUCUCUUUGGUGUCUUGGCUGACUCAACAGAUUAAUUCAGAGCUCUUUGGGAUGCCACUUGCCAUGAGACCAUUGUGAUUUCAGGUUCUACCAGAAAUUCAGAGCUACAAAUCAGCACAAGGUAGUUCAGGGAAAUUACUUUUGAUGUUCUGCAGUUAAUUUACUUGACGUAUUAGUACCUGACAAUCGUCAAAAGAAAAUGUUACAUUAUAUGUUGGAUGAUUUAAAAGCAUUUAUGUGCCUGUAUAAUGCCCCAUGAACUUAGCAGCAACCCAAACAUCUGCAAAUGCUGCCUUCAUGUUUAAUGAAUGCACAAGUACUUAAUCCAUCUUUUUCAACGUAUUUUUAUCCUGUCUAUUGGGCUCAUAAUCCAUUCUGUUCCUUUCUCCCUUCAGUCUUUUGAAUCUUUUGGUCAAGAACCAUCCCACAUGAAAAUAAAGAAACAAUUUUGUCAAAGCCUUGUCGGAGGAGAUGGGUGCUUCCAUGUGGAAAUCAAUCAGUUAAUGGCUCAGUGGAAUCUGAGCUUUUCUUUUUUUUUUUUCAUUUAGUUGUCCAAAGUAAUUUAAUCACUCCAGAAUUUAUUUCACUUCCACCCUCCUCUGUCUGGUUGGUCCAAGCCCAGUUGUUCUAAUGUUUGAAAUUAAAGGCCAUGUAAGAGCCUGUGCAGCCUGAGCUGUGACUUAUUGGUAUCCACCUGCCUGUGCCCCAGUAUUCCCACAUGCCAUAGGUACCUUUAGUUCUGCCUGACAGAGCAAGAAGGAGGUCUUGUUCUUCCAAAGUCUUAAAUGUAUUUAGAAUUUUAGAGUAAAGGAUCUACUAUGUAUAUAUAUAUAUAAAAAAAGACCUAUGGUCAACAAUAUAAGAGCAAACUGUAAGAUAAAACCAGAAUUUCUAAUUUUUAAAACACAAUCUGUAUUCUAUAAACCUGUGGGUAAUUUUUAUGUGCCAUUUAAUCCUCUUUAAAUGAACCGUAUGUUCAUCAAGUAGCUAUUCCAUGUCACUCCUAUGACAUCUAAUUUUAGGUAUUAAAUAUUGAGGGCCCUUGAAAUCUCUUGUUCUUUCAAAAAAUAUAGGCCAGCAUUUGUUUUGUCCAGUGCUUGAAAAAUUAAUCUAGAAAUUCAUUUCCCCUAGAGCCCUACCAUUACACUACUUUAAAACAUUUGUUUUAAAUUAAACAAUACGUGUUAAUAAGAACUGCAGAGAACAUCUGGUUACUGAGAAAUCGUAGUUGUGGUAUCCUGACCUGAGACAGCACCUACAGCACCCUGUAACCCUUCCUACUCUAGAAGCAAGUCGUAACAUUUCUUUUAUGAUAUUUUAAUAUGGUUCUUAAAUUGCAAUUCCCAUUCUCGUGCACUUCAGCACGAAUCUUCCCAGGACAGAAGUCCAGCUCUACAACCUUGCAGGAUAGAGGUCAUGUGUUUCAUUUGUCUCAUUCAAUCAAGUUGCAUCAGACAUUGAAAAUAAAUGCUCCUGUACUGCUUCAGAAAUUAAAUCCUGCUGUUGAAGAGUUUCACUGUUAUUUUAGUGGCUUUAAUGACGUGAAAUGAGUUACAGAAUCUUUAAUUUAACUUGAGGAAUAGAUCAAAACUUCUAUGCUUGUAGCAUCGCCUUUGCCAUCCCUUACAGCCGCCUCACUUCUUUCCUAAAUUUUUUCCUUUUAAAA